AUGCCAUGCACGCUGUGGGUAUGGCAUGCGGCGACAACAUCUGAUCUCAAGAUAAGACUGGCUCUACUACAGCGAACUGAGUUUCACGGCUUCCAAAACGACCAAGGUAUCCAGUCACUUUGUCUGCCCAACUGGGCCAAGGCAAGUCGGCCGACCCUGGGGGAGUGGCAACCGGCUGUUGACCUUGAGCGCAUUCCCGGUUCAUGCCAAUGGUUUCUCGAUCAUCCAAAGCUCAAAGAAUGGCUUUCAAAGGCUUCUUCCGGCCUACCUUGGCUUCAAGGGCCAUCCGCGACCGGAAAGACGCUCCUAUCCUCCUGUCUCGUCUAUCACAUUCGAACAAAUCGCGGAACAGUUGGCCACGCAGCGGUAGCCUGUGUCUACUUCCAAGAGAGGCACAAGCAGUAUGAUGUUGCCGACUUCAAUCACGCUUUCGCUUCGGUUCUAAGACAGUUAGUGUCACAAUUGCCUGACACGUCUGAUACUCUACGGAAACUAGAGCUGGCAGAAUAUGAUAAGAUUCCACGGCUAUGGGGAGAUGAAUUUACCCGACUCCUGCACAGGAUUACUGGCGAGCUUGGCAAGGUGUUGAUCAUCCUCGAUGGAGUCGCAGCCGAUGUCACUACCAAAGCUUUGACAUACCUAAUACUCGCAAUCAAUCCAGACGGCGGUUCCGAUCAGAUAAUCCAAGUACUCUUCACUAGCCAGGCCUCACCUCCUAUAGACUUCAGCCUGGUUCGAACAUUUGACGGCCGCUUUCUUCCUGUUCCUACUUGGCCAAGCGAGAUGCCCAUGCCGGAGUUGCUGGCAGCCAUUGAUCAAAUUACAUCCGCCUGCAAAGAUGUAUCGAUUCAUGACAAGGCCGAUACUUUCAGUAAAGAAAGUUUCCUGAGAAUCAGGGCUUCUCAGUCAGAAAUGGUUCUUUGCAUUCUCUAUCAUGCGGCUAUGGCUGCUGACGCCGGCUACUCAAUGACGAUGCCCAUGGCAGUCGAGGCGUUGAAUGCAUGGAAAAUCUAUCGUCAAGACCAGGAUAAGAAACCUUUCCAACUUGUAGACGUUGUCUAG